AUGUCCGCCAGCGUUGUGCGGUCUACCGCCCUUCGAGCCGGCGGUGCCUGUGUGCGCUGCCGCAAGGGCAAGACCAAGUGCGUUUACGAGAACGGUCGCGCUCCCUGCAAGAACUGUGCGAAGGGCAUGCACGAAUGCUAUCUGCCCUCCGAGUCCAUGGCUCAUCAUCACGGCCAGUCGCCCGCCCGCCAUACCGCCGCUCAUCGCCCUGCCCGCGAGAACCUGCCUGCCUCGGUCCCGGCCGGCGAUGUUCGCGCCGCCAACCCGGCCUCUACCACGUCUCGCCACAUCCAGACCCCAGAGAAGUAA